AUGGAGUUACCUUUGGAUGAGGAGGAUGGCACUUUUACCAACAUUUCUUUGGCUGAUGAUUCAGCAGAGCAUCUCUCAGGAACACUCUCUUCAAAAGUGGAAAGAGCCCAUUCUACAAUGAUGAAUGCCGACAUGGAUGCUGUUGAGGCUGAGAAUCAGGUGGAAUUAGAAGAGAAAACACGGCUUAUUAAUCAAGUUUUGGAACUGCAGCACACACUUGAAGAUCUCUCAGCACGAGUAGAUGCUGUUAAGGAAGAAAACUUGAAACUGAAAUCAGAAAACCAAGUUCUUGGACAGUAUAUAGAAAAUCUGAUGUCAGCGUCUAGUGUUUUCCAAACAACUGACACAAAAAGCAAAAGGAAGUAAGGGUUGACUCACAGAUGAUGUCAUUGUAUUGCUGCUGUCUUUUUUUGUUUUAAUUGGCAUAGGCUACAUGAGCUAAAACACCUUAGUUUGUGGCUUUACUGGAUACCUGAAGAUUAUAAACUUUGGUGAUAAACAGAAUUAAGAACAUUAUCAUGAACAGGAGACAUAAGUUUGUGUAUUGUUAAGAUUAAGCAAUGUGCAAAUGUAGUGUAGAGACUUACUAAACUUUCAUAUUUGUUUUAAAAAUGAGCAUAUCUUGUUAAAAGUUGGAUUCAGUUUGUCAGGUUAAAGAAAAGUCUGUUGGCACUCUUUGAGGUCUUAGGGUAGUGUUCUUGACUAGCAAAAUAAUACAGUUAUUGUGUUGAAACCUCAUUUGAUAAAAAUAUUCAAAGUCUAAUUGCAUCACCGUUUUCACCUCAAAUAUAUUUAGAUUACUGUAUAGUACUGUCUAUAGCUCUGCAAAGCAACUUUAAACAAAAGCCUAUAAACCAAUUAAGAAUUUCUAUGUAGUAGUAACAAUAUGACAUUAUUUGCAGGGCUCGCGUACAGAAAAACACUUAAAGAUUUUUUGGGGAAGGGGGAGGGUAAGGGUAGAGGAACAAGAAUAAGCAACUUACAUCAGGGAAAUACCAAACUGAUGCAGUGUCAGAGUGUAGUUUGUAAGAAAGACGUACGCUUCAAAACAUUUUCACUUUCCUGUUUCCUCCAAGAAUGAUCAGGCACAGCAUCAUGAUGUACGAUAUUCCUGAAGUUUUUCAGUUGUGUGAUGAAGAGUUAAAUAAAAACCUGAGUAGUAAGCUUUACAGAAACAGAAGGUCAACAAUGUUCCUCAUGCUUGUUGUGAACGACCUGCAGUGAGGAACUGAGAACAAGUCUUUCCUUGCCACCUUUUCCUUUCCUCCUGAAGUGCCAAACUUGUCUUUGCUUCAGGCCUUAGAGCAACUGUUUUCCUGCCCCAGAGCCUGAGCUUGUGAAGUACCUCUUGAGGCACUCCACAAAAACAUCUAAGGCAGAAGACUGCACUGGAACAAAGGUGGCUUUUGCCUCUCAGAUCUGUGCUGCUCUGAGCAGUGCCUAGUGCCAAGGUGCCCUGUUUUUUACUGGCUUGGCUGUUUGUUAGCAGGUUCUGUAAAGGAGAGGCAGCAUGUCUAGCAUAAUCAGUAUUAAGGGAGAGCAGAAGCUGAAAUACAAACGACGAUGGAAGUUUUUAGCAGUACUCAGUUGCAUCUGUUUGCUCUUGCCAUACAGCAGCACUGCAGACUUAUUUAUGGAUGUUACCUGGAACUGAGGUCUGUCUCUUCAGUAAUGAAGCCAUUUACCUUUUAACAAAAGGAAACCACUAGUUGAAGGAUCUCUUUCAACCUUGCUGUGAUGAAUUCUAGGAAAUAAAGCUGCAGGAACUGAAUGAGUGGAUGUAAUAGUAGAAUAAAUCCCUCUCAAACCCCAAGUUUCUUGGCAGCUAACCCUGCUGUGUCUCAAGUGUAAGCUGACAUUGUGAGGUUCCCCCCUCCCAAAGGAGAGGUCUCCCAUUUCUGCCCAUUUAAGAUGACUGUACAGCACUCACUGGAGUGUCAGCAAAGUCAAAUGAUUGCAAACAAAGCACUAAUUGUUCGGUCUCAAGGGCUGUUUACAAGUCUGAGUCAAGAAACCUGAUGAUGAAAAAAGUUUUACCCACCAAGGCACAAAUGGCUGAUACCAUUUGUGUCCUGGGGUCCUGUAAACAUCCAAAAUUAUUUUUAAUCUUCUAUGGACUACUCUCUCACUUUACUGCCUAUCAUCUGGAACUCUAAAUGCAUCCAAGCAUUGCUAGCAGGUAGAGUAGAUCACAUGGUUAGUCCAGGGUUUGAGCAUUAAAAAAAAAGAACAAUCACACCAAGCACUUGACUUCUAAAGAUUGCAUUGCAUUACAGCCAUCCUUGCUUUAAAGCCAUGUCACUGCACAUCUCCAUCUGCACUGUAGGAGAUCAAGUGGUAACAAAGCAUGCGCUUGUUAGACUUCAGCAAUUUCCCAAGAUCGAGUAAUGUUAAAAUCAUGGGUUUGUAUUGUAAGAUUGGAUAGUGAUAUUUUAUCCAUCGGUGUGUAUAUAGUAGUCAUUUCAUCUAUAUAGCAUUUUACAUCCCACUACUGUGGCCUUCAUUUAACUUAUGAACAUUUUAAAGAUGUUGUAUUUCUGACUUUACACUAAAUAAAAACCUUUGAUUUGUCUCGACUAGUUUGGUUUAACAUU